UUACUUCAUUACAUGUUUUUUUCUUUUUCUUUUUACUAUCAGCCUGUACUUCAUUUUCCGUCAAGAUAGCGGGAGCUGUCAGCAUCUGCUGGACUAACUAGAAGCCCACUCCAACUCAAGCUUUAAAUGUAUUCAAAGUCUUUCCGCGUCAAGAUGACGAGCGAGCAGCCUCGCCAAACCAGUUAUGGGUACAAAUCCACUGGUUCUGCGUUGUACUGGGACUGGAUCCUGCCACUUCACUACAUUGGAGGUGGGUGGCGACUCAGGUGUAGCGACAAAGUGGCGAUUAUGGCAGCUGUCCUCAUCCUCGGAGCUGGCCUCGUCUCUGUGUUGAAAUCCACACCUCUCGAAAUAGAGAUUAUGGAGCUGAUCGGGCAGCAGAUGGCAGAGCGCAGCGCAAGGGUGGAGAGGGUGUGUCAGCGUCACAGCACCUUCCUCCUCCAGCAAUACUCGAUGUGGGUGGGGACGCCCGCCAACUGGUCAGCUGUGAACCGAAGUCUUUCUUACCCCGACCUGCUAGUUCAUCGUGACCACCGCCUUGUCUGGUGCAAGGUACCAAAGGUGGCAUCUACCUCGCUGGUGCAUGGCUUCAUGCGGGUGCUGGGAAGGGACGAUCUCAUAGCCUCUGUGCCCCGUGGUCGUCUGCACAAUAUCAUUCGUGACCUCAUGCCACACCCUUCACCUCAAGAGGAUCUCUCCUCCUUCAUUGCCUUCCUGGUUAUCAGGCACCCUUUCCAAAGACUGCUCUCAGCUUACAGGGACAAGUUGCUGAAUCGACUGGAGCAUAGUCAGUUUGUGUGGUUUCGAGACCAGUAUGGCUCUUCCAUUAUCCAGAAUCACCGGCGGCAUCCCCAGCCACAGCAGUAUAGGGACGUGCCCACCUUCAAGGAGUUUGUAGAAUACUUGGUUGUCACUCCAGUGUGGAAAUAUAACGAACACUGGCGCCCCUACUACUUGACGUGUGCACCUUGCCAUCAACGGUACUCCAUCAUUAUGAAGUUGGACUCCAUUGAACUAGAGUCAAAUUAUCUUGUGCAUAUCACGGGUCUCCACGAGCUUUCCCCAAGGCACGUCCACGCCACCAUUAACACCACGUAUACUUAUCCUUCGUCUGGGAAUAAACACAACAAAUUUGAGCUGAGUGACUUUCAAGUACAGCUUCUCCAUCGCGAGGAUCGAACCGGUGCAUCCGACUCUGACAUAGAAUCCAACUUCUUUUCGGAGCUUAACGUGCAACUUUUAAUGAAGCUGUACUCUGUUUAUAAGAUAGAUUUUGAGAUGUUUGACUUCAGUAUUAGUCCUUUUGAUACAUAUGUUCGAUUGAAUAAAAAAUCUCAGUCCUUAUUAUAAAAAAAAAAAAAAAAACAUGUAGUGCACAUGAAUAAAAAAAAGAACUUGAAUUAAGUUGUUUUGAAAAUAAAGCAAACGUCCAUGGUAUACACAAAUAAUGAUAAAAGACAAACUUAAUAAACAAGAACAAAAAAAUAUGUGAAGAUAAGGAAACAAAUUCAUAAAUAAAAAAAAUCUAGACAAAAAUAAAUAAGUAAACCAAUAAACAAGUUAACUGAUUGAUAAACUGAUGUUAAUACUGAUGAUGAUGUCAAUAAAAAAUAAUAA